AUGGCCGUCGAUGUACUGACCCUGGCGAAAACGGGCCGAGAACUGAUGGCCGAUAUCUGGGAGCAGCACGAACACUCCGAAGAUUUUUCCCCAUCUUCUCUUCGACACGCCGAUUGCCCGGAAGACGUCGUCAAGGCGGCUACGGUGUUGGAGGGAGUCACCCUCGAGAAAGCAGUGGCUCUCGUGUUGCCCUGGCUGCCUUAUCGCACUCAAUGGGACACGCUUUUAGCGGAAGCCCCCGUAGUCGUCGACAUCUCCCCCUACACCCUGCUCCAAAUGACGGGUCCUCGGAACCGUCGGCCGACGCUCUAUGGCGAUUCGGCGUUGGCGGGCUUUGAGCGGCCGCCGUCCGUCACCGAUACCCCACAUCCGACCGGGCAUAUGGAGUCUGAGGAAUUCGAAGGCGACUACUCCGGCAAGUUCUCCGGCAAGAACACAAACAACCCGAAGGGGGCCAAGGGUGCCGUCGGGAAAUUUCUUGGCGGAGUGCAGGGAGCCAUCGAUUCGCGUCGUGGGAAGGGAGUGAAUAUGACGAUUCGCGAGAUAGUCGUCUUCUUGCUCUUCUUGGUCAUCCUCUGCAUCAUCGCGUUUGCUUCGACGUCAUCAAAUACGUACUAUUUCACGUCGGCGAUGCAGGCGCUGUUUGUGAAUAGUCAGGAUGAGAAUGGAUACACUUUUUCGGAUGUUUCGACGAUGGAUGAUGUUUGGAAUUACAUGAACGAUCAACUGGUAGAAGGGCUGUACAUGACCAACGACUGCGAGACGGUCACCGACGCCGAGGGCAACGAAAGGCUGUUAUGUGCCGGGGCCGGGGUAUCGCAGAAUGACACGGAAAAUGCGAUGGUCUACUAUGAGAAUAAGCUGCUGGGGAUGCCGAGGAUUCGGAUGUUAAAGGUGACGAACGACUCGUGUACGGUCGUGGACCCAUUUUCGCGUGAGAUCAAGGAAUGUUUUGCUUCAUAUACUGAGGAUCGCGAAGACCGCAGCGACAUUGAUAUCUCAAACAGUACAGAUUUCACGGACUCUGACUAUUCUGCGUUCAAAUGGCAGUCCGAGGAGGAGCUAUCGACAGGGACUAUCUACGGCCAAAUGGGGACCUAUGGGGGUGGAGGUUUUGUGGCAUUGCUGCCGAUGAGCAAUAAAUCGGGAGCUCUGGAGGUGAUCGAGAAGCUGCUGUACAACCGUUGGAUCGAGCGCGGCACGCGGGCCGUUCUCGUUGAUUUCUCCCUCUACAACGCCAACAUCAACCUGUUUUGUGUGUGUCGCCUCCUCUUCGAACUCCCCUCCACCGGUGGCGUCAUCCCGACCGCCAACUUCGAGACGUUGCAGCUCAUCCGCUACGUCACGACCUUUGACUAUUUUGUGCUGGUUUGCGAAGGCGUGUUCACCGCCUUCACCCUGUUCCUCGUCUUCGAGGAGUUGCUCGAGAUCAUGAAGUGGCGACUACGGUACUUUGAGAGCUUUUGGAACAUUAUCGACGUGCUCGUCAUCUUGCUCUCAAUCGUGACCAUCGUGCUGUCGUUGAACCGGAUUCGUGUGUUUGAGAACCGAGUCAAUAUUCUGGUGAAUGAUGAUCUCAACGUAGCAAGUAUGGACGACGCGGUGACGGCCAACAAUAACUAUUCGAACUUCUUGGCCGUGUUGUUGUUCUUUUCGUGGAUGAAGAUCUUCAAAUACAUCAGCUUCAACAAGACAAUGUCCCAGCUGUCCGCCACUCUCUCCCGAUCCGCCAAGGACAUUGGCGGUUUCGCCGUGAUGUUCUUCAUCUUCUUCUUCGCCUACGCUCAGUUCGGAUACCUUUGCUUCGGAACACAGAUCCAAGACUACUCGACGUUCUACUCGGCCGUAUUUGCACUGCUGCGUACGAUUCUCGGGGAUUUUGAUUUCCACGCCCUGGAAAACGCAAACCGCGUGCUCGGUCCAACCUUCUUCAUCACCUACGUCUUCUUCGUCUUCUUCGUCCUGCUCAACAUGUUCCUGGCCAUCAUCAACGACACGUACGUCGAGGUGAAACAGGAGCUGGAGAAGCAGAAGAGCGAGUACGAGAUUGCCGAGUUUGUCAAGACGGGAUUCUACCGCGUGCUCCGCUUCUUGCACUUGACAAAGUCGGGCGACGCCGAGCCGCAGAGUGACUACGCCAAGUGGCGCCACGAGUUGACACGCCGCGGCUACACCGACGAGGAGAUUAACGACAAGUUCAUGAAGUUCAACAUUGACGAGGGGUCGGUGACCGGAGCUGAUGAGAAGGAGAAGAUCGAAAACGAGCUCGCCUCGGACCGGGAUUUCCGCUCGCACGGCACAGCUCAGAGCAACGACACCAUGGCCCUGAACCGCCGCAUCGACCACAUCGAAAACUCGAUCGGACGCAUCCUGGGGGAUAUGUCGCUGAUUCUUGACCGUUUCGAGGUGAUGGAGGAGCGGAAGGUGCUGGCCAAGGAGCACGAGGUCUUGCUCGCUCACCAGAGCCGAAUCCUGAACCGUCCGGAUGGGGAGCACGACGGAAUG